AUGGCGCUCUGGGCCAAAACGAAAACCCAAUCCAAGACUGGCUUUGACAAGGUCUACGGCUGGGUCGAUAAACUCGGUGCGCCCGUCAAUCGCUUAUCAAACAAAGUCGGCUCAGAGGCUUUUUGGCCUACAACGCUCGACAUUGAGUCUGACAAGGCCGCGAGAAUCCUCAAGAGUUUUUGCAAGGAUGGAUUUUAUGAAGAAGAAGAUCGUCCCGCAAUUGCGGGUAUUCCUCAAGGAAAGCAAAAGGUACUCAAGAAGAUACCAACCAAGGUGAUACAGAAUGCAAAGGGCCUCUGCAUCUUCACCACCAUGCGCUCAGGCUUAUGGAUCUCUGGAUCUGGUGGCGCCGGUAUUCUAGUUGCGCGCACAGAAGAUGGUUCAUGGUCGCCGCCCUCGGGUAUCAUGAUGCACACUGUCGGUGUGGGAUUCUUGGCGGGUGUCGACAUUUACGACUGUGUCAUUGUCAUCAACAACGAAACCGCAUUAGAGGCUUUCCAAAAGAUUCGAUGUACGCUGGGAGGUGAAAUCAGCGCAACUGCAGGUCCAGCUGGCACUGGCGGCAUGCUCGACACCGAGAUCCACAAGCGCCAAUCACCACUGUUCACAUACAUUAAAUCGCGAGGUUUCUAUGCUGGUCUUCAGCUCGACGGUACCAUCAUCAUCGAACGCACCGACGAGAACGAGCGCUUCUACGGACAGCGAAUAGGAGUCAAGGACAUUUUGGCUGGAAAAGUAGGUCAUCCACCGUACGAGAUACGGAGACUCAUGGCGACGCUCAAGUCGGCUCAAGGCGACACGGAUGUGGACGAAUCCUUGAUACCAGAUGAAGCACCGCCAGCAGAUUUUGAGGUUACAGGUCCUGAAGACAAGACAUUUGGUAUUCCGGACGCCGUCGAUCCUGACCCGUAUGGUGUACUAGCGCUGCAAGAAGCCGGCUUGGAAAUUCGAGAAGCAGGGACGCAUACCCGACCCACAAGCGAACAAUUCGAGUUCAAACCUAGUCCGACGAGUCCCAUCUACAACACCUUCAGAAAUUCCACAUUCAGAAGAAGCAUAGACCGAUCGAGCUAUGGCGGCAGUCAGCGGUCGAGUUGGCGCAUGAGCACCAUUAGUAGCAUGCUUGAUCCUCAAACUCCUACGACUCCUCGAACCCCAACGGUCGACAUGAGUACGCAGACUGACGACUUACCACCUCCUCCGACUGUCAAGAGGGCGACACCCUCACUACCUCCGAGAACAAGCGUCGCGCGCAUGCCCACUCCCCCCAUUGCAGAGGUACCAGAGACAAGGAUCGAGGCGGCUACUCCGCCACGAAAGCAAACUAGUGAAAAGCAACUUCAACAGGCCACACCCACCUCUGGCGAGGUAAAGACGAUCAGCCCCGCUACAACCCCAUCCACCGGCUCGCCCCGGAUUUCAAUAGCGCAGGAGAUUCACCACGAAUCCGACUCCGAGUCGGACGAAGAAAGCGAUGACGAAGAUGACGCUGAUGACGAUGAAGAGGAGAUUGAGGAAGAGCCAGUCGUUCACGAGAUUCACCAAGCCCCAGCCCCACAAGCCAUCCGCGCGCGCGUGAUCCAGGUCGCGAAGCCGGUUGCUCCGGCCCUACCAGUCCGCAACCCAUUCCGCAACCGCAUGUCGACCAAUUCGGACGGAUCGUUGAACACAUCAGCUGCACCCUCCCCUACCGUGGCGAAGCACAGCCCCGACUCGAUCCCUUCGCUUAUGCGCGGUGAUUCGACUUCUUCUCUAUCCUCUGUAGAAGACAGCAGGUUGGAGCAAAUUGGCAACCGACUCAAGCCGAAGAAGUCGCACGACCAAUCGCCUCCAAACGAGAAGGAAGAGAAGGAAGAUGUCCAUGCUCUUCCAGAGUCUCCCAUGAGGAGCAUUCCAGGCGGGUUUGAAUAG